AUGGAGGGCGAACUCGCCGAGCUCAAGGCCGAAGUCAAGAGACUUCAUGCCAAACUGCAGAAAGUCGAGGAUGAGGCGGAGAUCCGAAAGGUUCAUUUCAAAUACGGCUAUUACAUUGACAAGUGUCUGUACAACGAGGUAGUCGACAUGUUCUCCAACCACCCUGACGCAUACGUCGAGUUCCUCGGCUCCCGCUACCGACGCAAGGAGGGCAUCCGCCGGCUCUACAUCGGACGAUUCCAGACACACUUUGUCAAAGGCCGCAACGGGCCCGUGUACGGCUUCCUGCUCGACCACCCGAUGAUGCAGGACAUAGUGGACGUGGACCCCUCGGGAACACGGGCGUGGGCGCGCAUCCGCGCCCUCAUGUCGGCGGGCACGCACCAGUCGAUCCAAGAAGAACACCCGCGCGGUCACGCGCAGUGGUGGGAAGGCGGGCUGUACGAGAACGAGUACAUCAAGGAGGACGGGGUGUGGAAGCCGUUCCGCUACAGGUAUUUCCCAUUCUGGCACGCGGAUUUCGAGCGCGGCUGGAGCCACACGAAGAAAAAUUACAUUCCCUGGCCGACCAAGACGUAUCCGGAGGAUCCCUUGGGGCCGGACGAGUUGCUGGAGCAGAAGAUGUUGUGGCCGGAUACUCGCGUCGUGCCGUUCCACUAUCCACAUCCGGUGACGGGGGAGAUGGUCAAGGAGGAUGAUCUGCGCGCGCCCAAGUACGGACAGGACGUGGGCGAGAGCUUGCCGCCCUUGAGCAUCGCUUUGCCUAAGGAUCAGUUGGAGAAAGAGACCGGGGGCGAGGGUGUGAAGGAGGCCGUGGUCGAGAACGGCGAGAUUGCAGAUAGCACGCCCGCUUGA